AUGCGAUUCGGGGUCAGUGCUCCGGGGAAAGUGAUACUGCACGGCGAGCAUGCCGUGGUCUACGGAAAGGGCGCCGUCGCAGUCAGCAUCGAUCUAAGAACCGAGAUACGCGUCGAGCCAUGUGCCGACGUCGUCCUGCUGUUGACAAACUUGAAACAUGAAUUUCGAUGGCCUCUCCAAAAAUUCGAUCAGCUGUCCGACAUGUCACUCGUCGACUCGGAAAUCGCUCAGCCGACCGAACAAGUUCUCAAGAAACUACAUGAAGCCUUCGAUAUCACCCCACAGAGCAAAUGUUAUGGAAGCAUCAUCACGUUCCUUUUCUUAUAUAUCUCAAUCUCGCGGAAAGCCAAGCAGGAAUCGGUAGGCGCGAAAAUCGUUGUAUCGUCUGCGUUACCGAUUGGCGGUGGCUUGGGAUCGAGUGCUGCUUACUCGGUCGCUCUUGCGGCCGCGAUCCUCAGACUAUACGGAGCUGUCAAAUCGACUCACGGUGUCCCGUCAGAAGAAGACCUCUCUCUCAUCAACAAAUGGUCUUUCCAGUCGGAAACCAUUCUUCAUGGGAAACCGUCGGGGAUUGACAACUCGGUUUGCACUUUCGGAGGAGCUCUGCUCUUCAGACUGGGAAAGAUCCAGGAACUCACUUCGCGGAUACCGCUGUACAACAUAUUGUUGGUGAAUACGAAAGUUCCCAGAGACACGAAGCAACUUGUAGCUUCAGUCAGGAGUCGGGCAGAGCGGCAACGAAAAAUCUUCUGCGCCGUCCUGGACGCAGUCGACGAGGUUUCGUCUCAAUGUUGGCUGAAUCUCAGAGACUCGAAUCUGACAAACGAGCAGCAAUACCAAGCAGCGGCCGAGCUGAUCGCGAUCAAUCAUCAUCUCAUGAACGCGAUCGGAGCCGGUCAUCCGCAGCUGGACAAAAUGGUAUCGCUGGCGAGCGCGGCGGGAUUCUCUUCAAAACUGACGGGAGCAGGCGGUGGAGGUUGCGGAUUCGUUCUGAUCGAAAUAAUCGAAUCAGCGGACGAGUCAAAGUCGACGAACGAACGAGUCGCCUCACUCAAAACUCAGCUGGAGGAAAAUGGCAUGCAAUGUUGGCAGGUAGCCAUGGGCUGUCCCGGUAUCAUGUACUCAGCGUGAGGAAAUGACUCGUGCUCGAUGAGUUCCGCUCACGGAUUCAUUUGAUCGGAGCCGCGUCGGCUCCGUUGUUUAUUUCUUGGAAAAGUAUUUAUGGCAAGUGCCCGUCGUCAUACCAAUAUUGUGCGACGGAUGUCUUUUCGAAGAGCCAUCGGAGCCGCUGCACACUCUGUACUCGUAUCGAGUCUUGAUUCGAAUAACUAUAGAGUAAAUACGAAGUCUUUCGCCUCGUUGACGA